AUGGAUAAGACAAUAGAAUCAAAUCAUCAAUUAAAUCUUGAAAGUGUACAUUUUUCAAAAAAUGAAAUUAUUCAUUUGGAUAACUAUUUUAAGUAUAUCUCCACACAUUUUGAUGGUGUCAUAGAUUUUAGAAGAUUUGUCGAAAUUUGUGUUGGUACUUUGACUCAAAGGCAAUUAAAAGGUUUAUUUGAGGUUUUUGAUGAAGAUAAAACUGGUUGGAUAACUUUUAAAAAAUUUAUAGAUGGUUUAGGAUAUUCAUGUAGAGGUACAUAUGAUGAAAAAAUUAAAUUUGUUUUUAAAAUGUUUGGUAUAAAUGAAGGUGAAAAUUUUGAUAAAAUAACAUUUGAUAAUAUUUGUAAUGAGUUAUCAAUACCAAAUGAAAAGAGAAAUUUAGUUUUUGUAGAUGAUCAAAUUUCUUAUUUUAAUAUAUUAAAUUGGGCAAGAAAUUUGCAAGAAUUUGAUUGUUUUUUAAAUGUGAUAAAACAAAAUUGUUUUGUUUGUUUGAAUCUACCAUUAUCUUCUUUUGAAGAGGAGGUAAUUUUAUUACAACGUUACAGAAUAACUUUUAAAAGAACUGUUAAUACAGAAGUAAUAAUUAUUUCUGCAAAAUGGUGGAAUGACAUGAUAGAACAAUUGUUAAAUGGAUCAAGAAAUAUUAAACCAAUUAAUUAUAAUGAAGAAAUAAUAGAUAAUGAUUUAUCGAAAUCAAUGGAAGAAUUGUAUAAUCUUAAAACUCCGUAUGGAAAAUUAUUGAAAAAAGGACUUGUAGAAAGCAUUGAUUAUGUUGUUCUAGAUAAAUAUUUGUAUUUUUGUUUAGAAAGAAAAUAUGGAUUAUCUGGUUCACCUAUAAUAAGAUAUAUUAAUUCAAAUGGUGAAGUUGAUCUUUAUUUAUCUAUGGUAUUCUUAUAUAUUAAAAAUCAAAUUAAAAAAAAUAUUUUAUAUGGAGUAUGGGCAUUUCCUAAAACAAUACCAUUAUGGCAUUUAAAAUUAUCUAUUCAAAGAGAAAGUGAAUUUGGUAAAAAUUUUGAAGUAUUAUUUUAUUUAUUAUCAAAUGAAAAACUUAUAAAGGAUACUUUAAAAUCAUUAGAAGAUUUAUUUGGAGAUCAAAAUCGAAUACAGUUACUAAUUAAUUUACAUUACUGUAAAUAUUCAAUGAGCAGAGAAUCAGAAGAAGAUUCAGAUGAAAAUUCUAGUGAUAAUACUAAUGUUGGAAAUAUAUUAUCUUCUAAUGAAUCUAUAAAUAAUUUAGAAAUUUCUCAAUUAAAUUUGGAUAGUGUAGUAGGAUUAGCAAAUAUUGGUAAUUCUUGUUAUAUGAAUUCAGUUUUACAAUGUUUAAUAAGAACAACAUCAAUUAGUGUAUAUAUUUUAAGAAUAUUUAAUGAAAUUAAUAAUAAUCAUUUUUUAAUUUAUGCUUAUGGAAAAUUUUUACAAAUUGUUUUUCAAAAACCUGGUAUAGUAUAUUUUCCUAAUGAACUAAAAUUUGCGAUUGCAUCAAAAUGUCCUGCAUUUGCAAAUUGUCAUGAACAAGAUGCUGGUGAAUUUUUGUCAAGUUUUUUAAAUAUUCUAAGUGAAGAAAUUUCUACUUUAAAUAAAGAAAAUGGAAUAGAACCUAAUAUUUCUCAUUUAACCACAUCUCCUGGUGAUUUAGAAUGGAAGAAAAAACUUAUUAAUGAAAAUUCUAUAAUAACAGAGGAGAUAUCUGGUCUAUUAAAAUCAUCAUUGACUUGUGAGUCGUGUUUGUAUACUUCAGAUACUUUUGAACCAUUUACUUUAUUGCAGUUGUCAAUUCCUGCAGAUAAUAGAAUUCUCGUUAAAGUAAUAUUUUUACCGUUAAAAGAUACUUGUGCUACUCGAUUGUGCUUUUUAGUACCAGGAAAAGAAAAAUUUUCUUCAAUAAAAAGAUUGAUUCAAGAAAGAACUAAUGUACAUAAGAAUAAUUUAUUUUUUAGUUUUAUUGAUAGUAAAGCUAAUUUAUGUCAAGAUAAUUUUAGAAAAUUAAAUGAAUUUAAAUUUGAAGAUAUUGAAAGUAUAUUAUCUAAUUCUGAUCACAAUAUUAUUGCUUUUGAAAUCCCGACACUAAUUUUUAAUUCAGUUUUAAGUUUUGCAAAAAUCAGGUCUGCUAGUGCAAAUUGUUUACAUAAAAAUAAUUCUCUUGUCUUUAUUGGUAUACCUUUUCCUUUGCAUUAUAUUCCAAAAUCAACUCGUGUGAGUGAUUUUUAUGAUUAUGUAUACGAUAGAUUAUUUAAUAAUAAUGAAAAAAAUAGUGAAAAUAUAAUUAAUGAAAAUGAAGAAAAAAUAUAUCCAUUUACAAUAAAAAUGGUUAAUGUGAGAUUUCAAGAAUGUAGCUGGUGUAGUGUCUCAAAAGAUUGUCCUGGAUGUGAUAUAAGAGUAUGUGGAGAGUUUCUUCCAUCAAAUAGAAUUUAUUUUGCUAUUGAUUGGAAACCAGAAUUUUUUACCAGUGAUUUUAAUUUAGAGGAAAAAUUUUUGGUAGCUAAUAAUUAUAAAAAAACUCCAGAAGAAAUUGAAUUUUAUUCUUCUAUAACUUUAUCAGCAUGUUUUAAUGCUUUUCUAAAAUCAGAAAUAUUGGAUCAUGAACUUGUUUGUAAUUCUUGUUUUAGAAAAGUUAAAAUGAAAAAACAAUUUAAAAUUGAAAGAACACCUAAUAUUUUGAUUAUAAACUUAAAGCGUUUCAUGAUUUAUUCAACAAAUUUGUCGAGAAAAUUGUUAAAUGGUGUAGAUUUUCCGUUAACAAAUUUUUCAAUUGAUGAAGGCGGUUGUACCUAUGAAUGUUAUGCGAUAGUUAAUCAUAUUGGAGAUAUUAAUAAUGGUCAUUAUAUAGCAUAUGCAAAAAUAAACGGGAUUUGGUACUGUUUUGAUGAUAUUAAUGUUGAGGAAGUUACUGUUGAUCAAAUUGACAAGACAAACUCUUACAUAUUAUUUUAUAGAAAAAAUCUAUUUUAA